GCACUUAAUUAGUCAAUACCCCAUGCAAAAGUAGCCACUCAAAAGCAGCCAAAAGACAAAAUAAUUAUAGACUUCUAAUUCUAACACCACUUCUUGUAUACUAUAUAUAAUAAUAAUAAUAAUAAACUCUUCAUUUCAUUUCCUUAGCAUUGUAAGCUUGCCCUUUCUUUAUUUUCUUGCUUUGCAGAUGUCUCCAAUUGAUGUAAAAUCCCCAAAACAUUGUGAAGAAAAAGGGUUCAAAGUAGAAAAACUAUUCCCAAAAAAGAAGUUAUUCUUUUGCUUCUCUACAAUUUCCCUCUCUAUUCUAUCAUUCAUCUUUCUUCUUUACCUCACACUUCAUCCUACAAAACCAAAUUUCACACUAAGAGAAGCUGAUAUUUAUCAACUCAAUCUCUCAGGUCCGCGCCAACUGCUUAACUCAUCCAUUCAACUCACCCUUGUAUCGAAGAAUCCAAAUAAGAAAGUUGGAAUCUACUACGAUGAAUUGCAAGUCUUUGCUUCUUAUAAAGGACAACAAAUUACUCUUCAUACUUCUCUUCCUCCAUUUUAUCAAGGCCAUGAAGAUAGUAACUUUUUAUCUGCUUUGUUGAUUGGUAAUGGAUUGCCAGUGGAUCCUUAUUUUGGUUAUGAGGUGCAACGUGAUCAAAUUGUUGGAAAAUUGAUUGUGAAUUUGAAAGGAAGUGGUAGGUUAAGAUGGAAAGUUGGAACUUGGGUUUCUGGCAAGUAUAGGUUUAAUGUUGAUUGUGUUGCUAUUAUGCCUUUUGGAUCUUCCUUGCCAUCUGGUCCCCUUAGUUUUAGACAAGGAGCUCAAUGUUCUACUACCCUUUGAAUAAUUAAAGCCCUUUAUCAAAUAGGGAGUUCAUGUUUUGUAAAUUAUCUUAUGAUGAAAGAUACUUGAGUAUAUAUACUAAGCUUUAGCUAUGUUCGAGAUCCGCCCAAAUUAAUCGACGUUUGGUCUAUUGUACACCAUAUAUAUAUAUUUGCAACUUUUGUUAUCAUAACUUA